AUGGCUACUCGUGUGCAAAUCUAUAAGUUAGGCGUUAAGCCACUAUUUGAUCGUCUAUCCGAAAAAGAGAAACUUUAUAGUCACUACUUAUCAAGGGCAGCAUGGUCCGGCGCAAGAAUUAUUCUCCGCCAAGUCUCCCCAGAGUCUCUUGGGAUCUUUGAAUUUAUAAUGGAACUUCACAGAUCAUGCGGUGGCGACUGGAAUCAAUUUUCAAAGGAUGAUGGAGUAGCUGUAAAGGACCUCGAAGCAUUCCUCGAAUUUGCGGCUACUUUCCUGUCCAACAUCGGGAACUAUUACGGGUCAGGAGAUCAGAAGUUCAUUCCUCGGUUACGCCCCGGUACAAUAGAGAAACUUGCCUCUCGAUCACCUAAACUCUUAGGACUCUAUAGGAACAUACAGGGAGAUUCAAUGAGCAAAGUAGAAAUUGCUCUCGUUUCGAGGCAUAUGGAUGCCCAUUCCAUACUACCCGAGAAUACUAGGGUACGGAAAACUGGUGAAACUUCGUUCGAGGUCCUUCAGGCUUCAAUCAUAUCAACGGACCAAACAGAGCCCUUAGAUAUUACGAACUCAUCCGCUAGCGUAAGGCUAGUCCGUGGUGAUCAUGCCGAAUACCUAAAAAAUAUUUGCGAAAAUCUGUCAAGAGCUACGGAGUACGCUGCGAACGAUACCCAGAAGAAAUUCCUAACUCAAUACAUUGAAAGCUUCCAAACCGGUAACCUUGAGGUGUAUCGGGAUUCUCAACGGACGUGGAUCGCGGAUAAAGCACCCAAAGUUGAGAAUAUCUUCGGCUUUGUGGAGCCGUAUCGAGACCCAACUGGUAUUCGCGCUGAGUUCGAAGGUUUGGUUGCGAUCGCUGAUGCCAAUGAGACGAAGCUCUUGUCGAAAUUGGUCGAGAACUCUGAUAAAUUUAUUCGGCGACUACCUUGGGCGGCCGCUGAGAACAAUGGAAAGGGGCUAUUCGAAAAAUCUCUCUUUGAAGCGCCCGAUUUCUCUAGCAUUCAUGCACUCGCAUACUGUUCGAGUAUUAUUUUCCCAGGAAUCAACCUUCCCAACUAUAACGAUAUCCGUCAAGAUGUGGGAUUCAAAAAUGUCAUCAUCGCAAAUUGUAUGAUAGCUGAAAGUACUGCGAUGCAAUGGCCGUUCAUCGACGACUCUGAAGUGGAGGUAUUUAGGAAACACAAGUACCCCGCGUACUACUGGUGGGUUGUACUUCACGAGCUGUUAGGUCACGGUACAGGUAAGAUGAUGAUUGAAGAAGCUACUAACAAGUUUAACUUCGAUCCCAAGAACCCGCCGAUCAACCCUCUUGACGGGCAACCUAUAAGAACUUGGUACAAACCAGGUCAAACAUGGACCGGCCAAUUCGGAGACUUAGCAACGACACUAGAUGAGUGUAGAGCCGAGCUUGUGGGGGCUUACCUCAUGGACGAUCCAGAACUGUUGGCUCUCUUCGGCUUUACGGAUGAAUCAACUAUUCGAUCCGGCGAUUUAACCUAUAAUCUCUACCAACAGCUCGGGGUUGAUGGUCUUCGAGCCCUCUCUAAUUAUAAUGUCGAUGGCAUGAAAUGGGGACAAGCUCAUAGCCGGGCUCAUUUUGCUAUACUUAAAUGCUUGCUCAGGCACGGCCAUGGAUGCAUCGAUAUCCAUCACAACACGGAUACUAGACAACUAAGAGUACUAGUUGAUAGAUCGAGGAUAGUGAGUCACGGAAAGAAAGCGCUUGGCGAGAUGCUAUUGCGCCUUCACAUAUAUCGCUGUACCGCCAAUGUGAAGGAAUGUAGGGAAUACUAUGAAGAACUGUCUCAUGUGGACGGGAAAUAUCUGAAGCCGAGAAAAACGGUUAUUCAAAACAAGCCACCUCCUUUAUUGAAUGUACAAGCCAAUACUUUUAUCGAGGAGGGAAUAGUUGUGUUGAGAGAAUAUGAACCCACCAUUGAGGGUAUCAUUAAGAGCUGGUAUGAGCGCGGGGUUUAA